AGGGUGGGGUCAGUAAUUGGCGAGCAUGCGCUUUGACGUGGCGCCGAGAAGCGGGCGCCUGUGCGUGAAGACCGAGGGCCGAGGCAUUCCCGUAUAAAGACGUUGGAAAUAUGGCUGAAGUUAAGCAUAGAAGGAAAGCUAACCUUUCAGCCAAAUCAACUGAAGAUCAAGGGAAGAUACCACCGAUCUUGAGGACUACUGGUGAUGAAAAGUCCGGCUGGUGGGACCCACGAACGGCCUCGAGUUUACUGUCCCUUAUAGCUUGCGUAGGGCUGACAUGGUUUCUUUUUCAGCAGUCAGCACAGCUGGCUGAAGUGGAAGAGAAAUACUAUUUAUUAAAGCAGGAAGCUGCCAAGUUUCAAGAUACGGAAAAUAAGAUUAACUUAAUAUCUGAAAAGUUUGAAUCUUCUUCGGGUAUCCUGCAGGAAGCCUCUUUCUUUCUCUCCAUGAUGACCAAGUUUGAACAAGAAGUAUCUAACCUACGUAACAUAAUACGUGACAUUCAAAACAGUGAGCAGGCACACUCUAAAAGGAUGCAGACCACUGAAGGAAAAUUUCAAAAAAUAAUCAAGUCCUGGGAAAAGAGCCAGACUGAACUGGAUACAAAUACUAGCAGUUUAAAAUCGGAAGCCAGGCUCUUACAUAUCGAAGUGACCUCUCAAAUCAAUGCAGCAGAUCAAAAACUAAAAUCCCUUUCUGAAAGACUGAAAGAUCUUGAAGACAGUACUGUAAGAAACCUCAAAACGUUAAGUAGGCAAGAGGAAGAUGAACUGGCUAAAGUUGAGCAGCAGCUACAGUCUGAUACCAAGGCAGUUGGAAAAUUAGAAGAACAGCAGAACAGUAUAUUUGCCAGAAAUAAUGAUCUGAGGCAAAAGCUUGCAGGCUAUGAACCCAAACUGGAAGAGUGCAAAACUCAUUUACCAGCAAUAGAGAAUGCCAUUCACUCUGUUGUUAGAAUAUCAAGGGAUCUGACAGCUGUAGAGAAGAAAAUGGAAGACAUGACUAUAAAGGUGUUCAGUGUGGAAGAUGAAAUGAUGAAAGCUGUAUCAGAUAUAAUGGACAUACAAAAAACUCUUGAAGGCAUGCAGUAUGAUAACAGCCUACUAAAACUGCAGAAUGAAGUGCUUGUGUUAAAGGAGAAAGUCAACGACUUUGCAGAAUCUACAACAGAAACAGAAAAAAAUAUAGAAAACUACCACAGUGUGAAUGAUGAGUGAACUAGUCAUAAUGAACAGUAUUGCUGAAGCAAUUUUUCACUUUACAUGAGAAGACUUUGAAAAGGUGAAAAUACGUUUGCAUUCCUGUGUGGGUUUUUUAUUGGAAUAUGUAUUUGCAUGUUUGUUGUACUUUACCCAUCAAAUGCU